ACACAAUUCAAGCCAAAUCAAAACGAUUUUGACAGGUAAACGGUUAAAAAUGAAAAUAAAUGCGUGUGUUUUAUUUGAAUGUUUUCGUGUGGAUUUGAAUUGUUUUUAAAUUAUACUAGUGCCUGAAUGAAAAAUCGACCAACAUGGAUGCGGCGACGAGUUUAAAACCUAAGACGAUGGCUGAAAUGCUACCCGAGCUUAGCGGUAUCCUGUCUAAAGAUAGUAUGCUGAGCCUCACUGCUAAGAAACAGCCUCGCCAGACAAUUUUGCAGUCUAACACCUCUGAGAAAGUUUACAAGCCCUUAACGUUCGCGGAAAUGAGGGCAGCCCUCACGACAUUAAAAGGACAGUCCCCAAGGAGACCAGCCCAAGAAAUGUCUAAGAAGAAAACUUGGAACUCUUCAGUAAAAGUUGACAAAACAGUGAGCCAUACAGCCAAUAACAAAAUGAAACACAAUCCAGUUAGAAAAGUUCUUAAUUUUCAACCCAAGCCUAGUAAACCAGUUCCAACUAACAGAGCAACCAUGUAUCCUGAAUCUCCAAAGUUUCCAAAACCUGAAUUCAGACCUAAGAAAUCUCUAUUUUCAUUACAAGCUCGCCAAGUGAGAAUAAGUGGCAUAAACAACAUAUCUGAAACCCCAGUUAUAAACAGGCCCAUCAAAAGCCGGAUGACACUCGCCAAUAAGGAGAAUGUCUCCAACCACACUGGUAUUAAAAAGUUCCCGCCCCCCCCAAAACCAUUGAUUAAGAAAAAACUGAUACCUGUUGUACCUGACACUCCUAUAUCUAAUGAAUCUUGGAAGUCUAGUGAUGCCAGCUUCUUGCAAAAGGAAAAAGAGAUUAAUGAUGCAGAGGACAAAAUUAAAGCAAUCUGUGAGGAGAAGACUCUAGAGAAAAUUGCAGAAAUCACACCACCCAUGUCUACACCAUUCAAAGACUACAGAAAUGUUAAGGAAUACUUUAACCAGUCCAGUGGGCUGGAAAAUUCUGCAGUAUUCAACGACAACACCAUUAUGAGCUUCGAAAAACCUUGUGAUUUGAACGAAAAUAACAAAAGGGAAGAAAGUGUUAUAGUUUCUCUAUGUGACUUACUCAACAAAGCCUCCGUUAAUACUGGGAAAAUGAGCACAGAACUGGAUGAUUUGUUAGAGAUUGAGAAACAGACUGUACACAACUUAAGGAUGAUUGAUAACAGCAUAACUGCCUUGAACAAAAUAAAAGAGUCACAGUUUACUUCUCUGCAGUAUGUCAGGAAACUAAUCAAUGAGAAAAAGACUUGCAAGGAUGAGAAAAAGCCUGGCGAGAGUGGUGACAAAACUUUAAUUAAUACCAAAGAAUCUCCCAAAGCUAUAAAAACAGAGAAGUCAGGUCUGGAACUCAAAGCAUCAGUUAGUAGUCCGUGUUCAGUUAUCAAAUCAUGUACAAAAUCACCUUCUUACAAGAUACCAAAAAAGAACUUGUGCCUGAGAAAGAAAGUUAUUUGUAAAUCCUUGCCAAAUGUUUCAAGUGAAACGCUUACACCAGUUAAAGCUGACAUGGGUAACAGGGCGUUAAGCAUGUAUAUGAAAAUGAAGGAACACAUGAAUUUUCUGAAUACCCCAGUUGCUAAACGAAACUGUCAUGUCCCGGACACUCCAGCAUUAACUUCACACAAUUUACAAAAGCAGCUUGACAAGCUCUAUGAUGAAAAUUAGCAAUCCUUUAGUGAAUAUUCAAAAUAAAUUAACUGUAGAAUAAUUAUGUAAAGAAAGCACUUAUAUUGUUAUUAUAAUUUUAGAAAUUUUUAUUUUUUAUGAAUGAUGUCUGAUUGUAUAUUUAGUAAUAUUUAGCUACAGGUUGGCUAGGAUUCAUCAUUAGAACUGAUAUAUUUUACCAUGUCCGUGUUUCUGAAACUAUCUAGAUGUACCACGAAGCCCAACUAAACCUUCCCGUAGCCAUCGUGUUGUAAAGUCGUGUAUAGAAAAUUAAAUAACUCUGAAUUUAUAGACAAAAAAAAAUGAAAAUAUGUAUUCUUUUUUACUGAAAAUUGAGUUGUGAAGUGACUAAUUUUAGCAACUAUGUAGUAAUAUAUAAAUCUAAUUAUUAAUUUGCAUAAUGUAAACAUUUUAGUAUACAAAAU